AUGAGUCACGAAGCAAAUGAGCUGUGGGAUCCGUAUUUAAUAAUUGGUAACACCAGUAUGGUAGAAUGUCAAUUAUGUGUUGAGCCGCUGCAUUCAUUAGUAAUUGAGGUCGUGUUGUGUUUUCGUUCGCUACAAAAAAAAUUAUUAAGCGAUUUUAAGAUGCCUCUCACUUCAGCCCAAAAACAAAAAAGAUACCGCGAAAAAUUACAAAGAGAGAACCCUGAAAAGUAUGCACAAAUGAAAAAGAAAAUUGCUGAAGGUGCGUUACGUUAUUAUAGAAAAAAAACUGGUGAAUAUACAGAACUGGAUAAAGAAGAGAGAAGGCAAAAAUGGCGAGAUGAAAGGAAAAACCUAAAACAAGCUCAGCAUGUUAAAGUUAGAAAUAACUCAAAUAACGAUAAAACUGCCAAGACAGAACCAAUGCAUGUUGAGCUCCGGAAAGAAAAUCUGGUCAUCAAAAGGCAUAUAGUUAUUUUGCGCAAGAGAUUUGAAACCUUAAGAAAGAACUAUUACCGGCAGUCAAAAAAGUUAGACCAAUUAAAUAAAGCAUACGACGAAAUUAAAGAAAAAUAUCAAGAAAUCAUUACCAGACUUAAAGAACAAGACAGUAAAGAAAGUAUAAUUAAUAUUAGUAAAAUGCCGCGAAGACGUACGUUAACUGGCCGUAAAGAACGUCUAAUAAACCGUUAUGUUAUGAAUGAUGUAAGAAAACGUCAGAAAAGAGCUCGAGUCGCUGAACCUGUAAAAGAAGAGACAAGCUGUGGAAGCGUAACCGAAGAUCAGCAUGAAGAUAGCGAAAUGGAAGAUGAUGCUGAAAUAGGAACCUUGAAGUUGGAGUUUCACGAAGAUGGAUAUCAAAUUGAUGCUGUAGGAACAAGAAAUAUGCUGGAAAUUAGUCCUACGUUAUGCCAGGAGUCUUCUGGUCACCUGAUACUGCCUGGUACUCAUGAUGAAGUAAAGUUGGAACCAGACAUCGUUAACUACCAAGGGAUCCCGUCCCCUAUUCAGUUGAGACUGCAUGGGGUGAUGAAAACGGAAUAUAAGACUGAACCCGCUGAUGAUGAAUGCCCGCCGACGCUAGGACACCAUACACUUGAGACAGAGUCUAGCCUCGCUGUUCUCAUCAAACCAGAGCCAUUACUAUACCCUGUAAAGACUGAACCCUGGACCGAAGAUCAAAACGCUAUUCAAAUGGAAGUCGUUGCAGAUGUUUAUCAGCAACAGCAACAGAUGCAACAAGAGACGCAACAAAAUAUACAAUCAACACAAACACGACCAUAUUCAAAUGCUGAACGCCAAAGAAGAUACAGAGAAAAGAGAAAAGCUGAUAAAAUGAAUGCAUGUACUACAUUCAGUCAAUCUAGCGACGUUCAGCCACAGCAAGAACAACCACAACAUGAGGUUCAAAAUAAUAAACGUCAACCACAAUCUAGUGCUGAACGCCAAAGGAAAUAUAGAAAAUUAUUACGUGAACAACAACCACAUAGAUCUAGUAUCCAGCAACUGCAAAAUGUCGACCCAGCUGAACAUGCACGAAAACGACAUUUGAACAAACAACGACAAAGCAGGUUUAGAGCGAGGCAAAGAUUUCAAUCGCCUGGUACAUCUUCGCAUCAAACACAGGCAGAAAGUGUGGAACGGAUUCCAGUAGAACGCCGCUGGACUCACUAUCUUGAUGCAAGUCGUCUCAUGAAAACGUCGGCAUACACAGAAUUUAUUAAAAAUACGUAA